AUGGAAGAGGAAUUCGUUUUCCAUAAAACCUACAUGAUAGCUUUGUUAACAUUUGCGAACGUACUAUCGGGAUCUAUACCCCGUUUUGAGGAAGAGAUAGAGGAGUGGAAAGAUUUACAGUUCUCAGUGGACUUCAAUCGGUCUAUCUUAGACAUUUCUAGGUCUCCUAAUAUCAGCGUCGAAUACGCCGAGGAGCAAGUUGGUUUGCGGAAAAGACAGACGGUGCUACGUGCUGUCAUUGAAGCGUGUAUGCCGAGAGAGUUUGAAGUCCCUCUUAAGAACACUUUCCUCACUGAAAUCCCAAUUGUUGAAUUAGCUAUGAUGUUGGUCUGA